UGGCGGUGGCGGUCGCGUUUCCACCGUCUCCUCUCCCUCCUGCAGCGGCCAACCGUCUCGCUCUCGCCUCCCCUCCUCCGGCCUUCCCCGUCCGCUCACCCUCCCUCGCCCCGUCGGUCGCCCGCCCGCCCGCCCGCCUCGCAAUACUUUUUCGCCACCAUCGUUGAACCUUCCUCCUCCACCGCUCUGACCAGGGCGGCACGGCCGAGGCGCCCGUCAUCAUCCUUAUAAAUCGGCGCCGAGGCGGGCCGUCGUCUCCCUCCCAGACCGCAGCAGCACAGCACGCAGCCGACGGGGAGAGUUGAGCCCUGAGAAGCAGAGAGGGCGGUAGGGUGAUUCGAUGGCGAAGCUGUACGUGCAGGCGGUGCCGCCCCCGGAUCUGAACAGGAACACGGAGUGGUUCAUGUACCCCGGGGUCUGGACCACCUACAUCCUCAUCCUCUUCUUCUGCUGGAUCCUCGUCCUCUCCGUCUUCGGCUGCGCCCCCGGCACGGCGUGGACGCUCGUCAACCUCGGCCACUUCGCGAUCACAUAUCAUUUUUUCCACUGGAAGAAGGGGACUCCAUUUGCUGAUGACCAGGGGAUGUAUAACACAUUGACAUGGUGGGAACAAAUGGACAAUGGCAAACAGCUUACACGCAACCGAAAGUUUCUGACUGCAGUUCCUGUCGUUCUGUACCUCAUAGCUUCCCACACGACAGAUUAUCAGCAUCCUAUGCUCUUCCUCAACACCCUAGCAGUCAUUGUGCUGGUUGUUGCCAAACUACCAAACAUGCACAAGGUUCGGAUUUUUGGUAUCAAUGCUGGAAGCUAAGCAGCAGGGUCCCACGGUAGAAUGGUAUACACGGUAUGUUUCAUACGGAUCACGGGAUGUGUUUCACCUAGCUCUAAACUGCUUUUGCCAGAGUACCAGUGUUUGAGAUCUGUUUGUAGAUGAAAUGUAAUCAUUGUAUAGUUGACAUGUUUAGAUUCGUAAUGUUGCUAUAUGUUGGCAAGCAAGAAUUUGGCAAUUGAUACAUGUACAGAUCUGCUCUUUGCCAAGAGGCAAUAACGCAGCGUGACAUGACAGAAUCAUGGCUGGUAGAGGUAACACAAAAUAUUCUCUUACAUGAUACGUGAAGUCAGGUAACACAAUACUCCUAUGCUCCCAAGUUUGGGUUACCUGAGUUCACGUAUCAAAUUUGGAAUUUUGUGUAUUCUCUUACACAAAAUAUUCACUGGUAAGUUGAGGUUGUAAAACACUA